AUGGCUCCUUGUACAGAGCAUACUAACAAAGGCUUUAAUGCAGUCCUCGACCCCGACUACCUCUCCAAACGAAUCGUGCUCGAAAACGUCACGCACUACGCUUACGGCCAGCACAAUGACGGCGAAGUCGGCUUUUGGGUAGCCGGCCGCGCCGGGUGGUUCUCCAUCUCCCCCGCGAGGGGCUACCGCAACAUAUUCAACGAUGUCAUUGAGGCUAUCGAUCUGCUGUAUUUCCUUGCGGACCGGCAUCAGGCCAAGCGGCGGAAGCGGCGGAACUGGAAUCCGAGCGUCGAGUAUCUGUGUGAAGAGUAUGUGAACCACACGCAUGGGAUCUGCGAGGACGCCGAUGAUUCGCUCGAAGUGUUUCACAAACACCAUACGUUUCUGCUCUCGCGCAUGCUGAAGGGCGAGGAAAAUGUGCAGUGGACGGAGACGAAUGUCUUCCAGCAUCUGUGCGAGACAUUCCCGGAGGAUUACGAGGAGAUCAAAGCCAAGCAAGAACCGAAGACGCAAGACUCCGACGCCGAAGACAGCGACGACGACAACAACGACGACGCGGAGAAAACCCACUCCCCCGAUCCCACUACUGUAUCGAAAACCCAGGCGGAAGAGAUAUACAAGAUCAUCACAGACCUCAAGGAUGCAGGACACUUGGCGAAGCGGCAAUUGACGCUCGAUCUGGUCGCGUCAACUCUCGUGGGGCAGUUCGAGAUCGACUCCGAGGACUACGCGCGAGACCUACUGGCAUCGAGGGCGGACGCCGUCCUGGAGAUGAUGGACGAAGCGAAAACGAACGCGUUUGAUUGGUCUCGCAAAGUCAUAUACCGGGAGCUGAAAGCUGCGUCGAAGAAAAAUGACGCCAAGCAUGUCGCCCUUACGCCGCUACGGCCGCGGAUGUCGGCAAAUGACGACUCGUCCGCUGAGGACAGUGAACAAGACGAGGAUCAGCCCCGAGCACGGAGACGACGGGUCCGCAAGUCAGUUCUCCGCCCGAAAAGCUCAGUCGCCACGAAACAGACGGGCAAGCGCACGCGCAGCGCGGCGAUUGCCCAGGAGGAUCUGUCCGACGACAACACCGACGCUAUGGAUGAAGUCGAAACGCCGAGUAAAGUCCGUGGCCAUGACCUCGUUCGGGAUCCGCUGUCCACGCGAGCGAAGCGCCGGACUCGGUCCAUACUGUCGGAAUCGGGGUCAACCCCGUUCCAGAAGACCCCCCUACAGGAGACGCUUCAGAGCAGGAACACCUCAGUAUCUGUUGCCGACCAGGAAGCUUCGGAGAUCGACGUGCACCAUGGUGAUGGACUCCCAUCCGAUACCUGGAUCUGCCAGGUCCGGGACUGCGGAAAGAUGAUCCAGAAGAGCAACACAAAGCGCGGUCAGGAGAUGAUCCGGGAUCAUUCGCUGGCUCACGCCGACGACACCAAGGCCAAACUGGACCUUGUCUUUUCCGAACAGCGCCUCAACAUCGGUCUUCCGGUGGAUCAUCUUCUCAGCCGGAUUCGAGAAAUGGGAGGGGAUGGGCUUGGCCUUCCGGCAAUCAACGGCGACACCAACGGGACCAGCUCGAUAGAGACCUAG